AUGGCCGCGACAUACACCCCGAUCUACUGCCUCUGGCAGACCGAAAACGCACACCUAGGCCAAAAGGUCCUCGACCUCCUCCCGCGCUCCGACGUCGCCUCCUUCCGCCUCGCCUCCUCGGCCUGCUGCAACAUCGCGACGAAACCCCUCUUCACCCGCGUCCGCGUCACCUUCACCGCAAACACCUUCACCAAGCCCUCCCGCAUCCAGGCCCUCUCCCGCGUCGGCCACCACAUCGAGCACCUGCACUUCCACUGCGCCCACACCGACGCCACCUUCCUCCCGCCCCUCGUCCACCCGGCCACCGGCCGCGAGAUCUCCUUCCUCUACACCCCGCACACCAGCAUGGCCUCCGUGCUGGCGAGGCCGAAGUACGCCAACACGGAGCUCGGCGAGAUCCUGACCCAGCAGUACCCGCCCCUCUUCCACGCCGCCACCAACGUCCCGAGCUUCAUCAACGCCAUGAAGCACUUCUCCAACCUCCGCCACCUGACCAUCCGCUGCCCCGGCCAAGACCCGCAGGAGCGGUACAGGAGGGACAUCGUCGACUACGCCCUCAUGAGCCUGCGCAUCGCCGUCGAGCGUGCGCCGCUGGAGAAGCUCGUCAAGCUCUCGCUGUCCGGCAUGCACCCCUCUUCCUUCAACUACCUCCGCCACGUCCCGGGUUUCGGCGCGGUGCCUUCGGCAGGCCGCAGGUGGAAGCAGAUCCGCAAGCUCAGCAUCUCCGUCGAGGCAUGGGACUUUUACGGUUCCUCACCCGGUCUGGACCACCUCAAGAUCCUGGACGACUACAUCCGUGGCUUCUCCGGCACUCUCGAGAAGCUCAACUUCACAUGGCUGGGUCUCAAGGGACCUUGCCCCAUCGCUCUCUCAGCAGACCCCCUCUUCGCGCCGCCGCGCAACUGCAAGAAGCUGUUCGCCGAGGUCACCUCUCCCAUGUCACCACUACCCCCGGCGCCCUCCCGCAAGCCAAUGUACUUCCCGCGCUUGCGGUACAUGCAGGUCCGCAACGCCACCAUGACGGCGACUCAGCUCGCGGAUCUCGUCGACGCGCACCAGCGCACCGUCAAGGAGUACGACUUCGACAAUGUGGUGCUCAUCAACGGCGGCAACUGGGACGACGCGCUUGCUCCGCUCAUGGAGCCCGCCUCCUCCAAGAGUGAUGUGUGGUCCCAGCACUCACACUCGAGAAACAACUCCGAGGCAGGAAGUCUGCACUCAGAGCCGUGCCAUGAUGAGGACUUUGACCUGCCCUCGCCAUCGGCAGCAGCAGCCGCUGCCACCCGUGAGCUGCUCGACUUUGACCUCGGCAGCGAGCUACUAUACGUUAACGACGAAGACGACUACGACCCGUAUGAGGGUCUUGACGAAGACCUGGCUUCAGAUCUUGCGGCCGCCAAAGAGGCCAGCACAUCCUUCAGCACGAUACUGAAGAAGAAGCGCGUCCACCGACGCAGGAAGCACCGCAAGGACGAUGACGGCAGGGAAAAGGAGACUUCCUCCUCCAAGCACAACAGAAGCCACAGCCGCCAUCGCAAGCACAAACACCACAGGCAACCACCGCCGGUUCCGGAGGAGGACGAUGUCUUCCGUCCGGUCACCCCCGUGCCCAUCAUCACGGCACCUAUCCAGGAUACCUCCCCGCACCCGGUGUUGCUGCAGCCGGCUGUGUACGACCCCAACGCCAGCCGUUACUCGGGCCCCGAGGACGGCAUCUCAUCGGUGCAGCGCAACAUUGAGCAGGAAGAAGCGCACCGCAUGCUGGCCGAAGACGCGGCGGCGCGGGUCAGCGCGCUGCGCAAGGCCAAGGCGGCGGUGUUGAUGAAGCUCUCCAAGGAGUUCAGGAGCAAGACGCCCAGUCCGCCAAAGGACUGCAGCAUGCAGAUGAGGUUGAGAGAAGGCCUCUUUGGGAGGAGCUUUGUGAGCGUGUUGCCAGACGAUAGAGCCAUGUCGAGCCAAUCUGCGCUGGUGCCGCUCAUGUUUACGAGAUCAUGA